AAGCCAAGCCCAUGUAUACAUAUGUUACAUGUAUCCAAGUCCACUAUCACAACUCAUUUCGCUGGAAUGGAAUUUGUAAAUUGUAAACGAUAUGUCUUGAAAUCUUACUGAAAAUCAAAAUAUCUGGAAUCUCUCACAGGUUUUUCCACAUUGAUUUCUUUUUUAUGGAUCUGGCUUCUGCUACUUUGCACCUUCAAAAUUUCCCGCACUUUCUCUGUUCCCCUAAUCUGUUUUCCGGAAAAAUUUCCAUUUUCCGUAAUAAGAAAAUCAAAAUCAUUACAAGAGCUCUAAAAGAAUGGUGGGAGUACGAGGAUGCUGUGAAGCGAAAGGACCUCGCUGGAGCUCUUCGGUUCUUGAAAUCCAGAGAAACAGAGACGAACAGUGAUAAUAAGGAUAAUUCAGCUGAGACGAUGAAUGGGUGUUCAUCAACUGGGUUCGGAAUCAGUGAUUUGGGGCUGUUUGAGGGGUCACAAAGGGACUGGGAGGUUUUGGAUACUUGUUUAAAUGCUGAUGAUAUGAGGCUUGUUGGCAGUGCUUAUGGUUUCCUUAAGAACAGAGGUCUCUUGCCCAAUUUUGGAAAAUUUACCAACAUUGCUUAUAUUAACCAAUUUACAGUUUUAGAGGGCCCUAGAGAUGUUACGCCGGCUGUCUUCAAGUCUUCAACGGGCUUAGAAGUGUCUAAAUUUGCUCCAAAGAAAUGGGGUCUUUCUGGAGGUUCAAGAUUUGCAAUGAUUGCUUUUCUGGGUGGAGCAUCUUUUCUUGUUUCACAAGGGAUUGAAAUUAGACCUAACCUUGCAGUCAUACUAGGACUAGCCUUUAUGGACUCUAUUUUCCUUGGUGGUACCUGCUUAGCUCAAAUCUCAAGUUACUGGCCUCCAUUCAAGCGGCGUAUUUUAGUUCAUGAAGCAGGUCAUCUUCUGGUAGCAUACCUUAUGGGUUGCCCAAUUCGUGGUGUGAUUUUAGACCCAAUUGUUAUGAUGCAAAUGGGCAUUCAAGGCCAGGCAGGAACUCAGUUUUGGGAUGAAAAGUUGAGUAAUGAGCUUGCUGAUGGACGACUGAGUGGCACUACCUUUGACAGGUACUGCAUGGUUCUUUUUGCUGGCAUUGCAGCUGAAACUCUUGUUUAUGGUGAGGCAGAGGGUGGAGAAAAUGAUGAAAAUCUAUUUAGGAGCAUUAGUGUUCUUUUGCAACCCCCAUUAUCUGUAAACCAGAUGUCAAAUCAAGCAAGGUGGUCGGUUCUGCAGUCUUACAAUUUGCUAAAAUGGCAGAGGCAUGCUCAUCGGGCAGCUGUCAAAGCUCUUGAAAGUGGUAGUAGUUUAAGUGUUGUAAUUAGGAGAAUUGAGGAAGCCAUGUCUUCUGGUGUGUGAGAUUUAGAAGUUGGGGAAGUGGUAAUUUUAUUUUUAUCUGUUGCCUAGAAGGGCAAGAGGAAAUUGGCUGCUGAAGGUUUGAAGUCAAAACUGAUAUUCAAUAGGCAUCUAUUGCUGCGCGGCCUCGUCACUUGGCAAUCCUGAUUUAUAUACUUGAUGUCAAUCAAUUUUCUAUAUUGUCGGAUGAUACUUUUCGCCCCCUAUGGAUUUAUCCAAGAAAGCAUAAGCAAUAGGUUGGCACUACAAGGAAUGAAGGCAGAAUCUCAUGUCAAGCUUUCCAAUCGAUGGAGUCCUGAGCUUCGAGCUUCAUUUGAAAAUUUGACCAAUUCUUAGCACCAAAUAAGAAAUUCUCGUUAUAGUACUCAUCACGUUACCAUUUGGUAGCUAUAUAUUGUCCAUGGUUCACAAUAUUUUAUCUUGUUGAGGAUUUUUGUACAAGAUUGAAAAUACAAGUCUGAUAACAUACCAUGAUUGUCGAAUAAAAUGUUGCAAGGAAAUGAUAACUAUAAUUCUUUUUCUCGGUA